ACUCCUGCCAACGCCCCGGCCUCGUAUCAUCGCUGAAGCCACCAAACCAGGUGGCAGUGGGCCACAAGCGCACACACACAGGACAGGCAAGAGAUGAUUGGCGUGGGGUUGGCGGGGGUCGGGGGUGCGGUGAAAUGGGUACCUUGUUCUCUUGUUGGCGCGUUUGCGUAGCUCGUCUGUCUCCGUCGUCUUGUCGAGGAUAUCCUCAGUCUGGCGGCUGAUCUUGCUCUUGAGAUGCCGCUCGCGCAACCUGGUGACACACACAACGAGAUAGAGAUGGAGUCAGUGGAGUGACUGUGUGGGUUCUCUCUCGGCUGCUAGAUGGUCGGCUGACCGUGCUGCACUUAGCUGCUUCUCUGCCACCUCCAAAAUUCCAUCCCCUGCCGCGUUGCGAUAGUGGAAUCCCUCGCCGUGGCACUCAAUGGCCAAUCCACAGCCGCCAUGCGCGUCGAUCGUGGUGGUCUCGGUGCUCCGCUGUGGCUGGUAAUUGUUGUUGUCCUUGUCGUUGUGGGGCCUGUGCAUCAGUCCGAUGCCGAGACGGGCCAGCUCCUGUGGUCCAAGCACCAUGCCGUCAUAAAGGGCAUCGGCGAAUCUCUGGAACGUGAAACAGUGGGGACGCUCCCGCCACCCGGGCUGCUCCUCUCUCUCCACCUCCCGCCGAUCCCGCCGCGCCGCCAUGCGCUUCUGGGCCCGCUGUUGCUGCUGCGCUCGUGUCUCCGCCUUCAUGCCAUUGGGAGUCUCCUUCUCCUUUUCCUUAGUUGCAAAUGUGCCCGGGUAUUUCCGCCUCAGGGUCGUGUCGAUGUUCACCAUGCUGUGCCGCAGGUCGUCCACCGAUGGAACGGUGGUCAUGUUUCGAUAGGGAAGGGGGUGCACGCUGUGUGACGGAAGUCGACCGUUGGGUAUCGUUGGAAACGUUUGUUAUUGUUGUGGCGAUGACCAGUACUUGCUGGGCUUUGCAAAUGCCUUGCAGCCUGCCUGAGUACAACUUGAAUCCUCG